CCCCCUUUUCCGGGUCCUGGUUAGGUCCACCGGGCGCAUGCGCCGCCGCAGGUUGGAGGCUCGCGGCUCCGUCUUCCGGCCUCCCCUCCCUCCUCCUGGCCGGCACCGGCACGGAGCCCCUAGCGGGUGACCUGCGACCCCGGAAGUGGACUUCAGGAUCCCGGGACUGUCCUCCCCCGGUCCGCAGCCCAGGGACCCCGUCGCUCCCACUGCCCCACGCCCACCUCUGGAUGCCGCCAACGGGUGGCCGGCCCGUGCCCCGCGCCCGCCUGCCGACUGGGUCCCUCGGAACCUUGCUGGGCCAGGGGUGCGGGCCCGGACCCCGCCCCUGAUGCGGCCGCAGCCCCGCGCCCCGUCCUCUUGAGCCGGGCCCGCACCCUCGCCCCGCCGAGCUGCCGCUGCUCCCCCGCCUUGGACGGGGGAGGCCAUGGCGUGAGCGCCCAGGCCAAGCCCCGGGGCCCUCGGGCGCCAGGCGGGGCAUGGGCCGGGGGCCGCCCCCAUGAGGGUCCCGGGCGUGGGGCAGCAGCUGCGGGGCCAUGGGGUCUCAGGUGCUGCAGAUCCUGCGCCAGGGGGUGUGGGCCUCACUCACCGGCGGCUGGUUCUUCGACCCGCACCAGAGCACCUUCUCCAACUGCUUCCAUCUCUACGUGUGGAUCUUCCUGCUCACGUUCCCCUUCCUGCUGUACAUGGUCCUGCCCCCCAGCCUGAUCGUUGCCGGCGUGUACUGCCUCGUGGUGGGUGUCAUCUUCGCCACCAUCAAAACGGUGAAUUACCGGCUGCACGCCAUGUUCGACCAGGGCGAGAUUGUGGAAAAACACAACUCCACAGCCGGGGAGCCUGAGGAGGAAGCCGCCCAGGGAGACAGCAGUCCGCCUCGGGACCCUGGAGUGGAGAUGACUGUGUUUCGGAAAGUGAGUUCCACGCCGCCGGUCCGCUGCAGUUCCCAGCAUUCCAUCUUCGGCUUCAACCAGGUGUCGGAGUUGCUGCCCCGGAUGGAGGAUGCCGGAGCACUCAGAGACAUCAAGGAGCUGGUGCGCGAGCAGGGCAACAACAACGUGACCGUGACCUCAGCUGACCGGGAGAUGCUCAAGUUGAACUCGCAGGAGAAGCUCAUUGGCGACCCUCCCCACAUGCCCCCGGGGACCGUCCCGCACCCCUCGCUGCCCAGCACGGACUCCUCAGAGCGGUCCCCUCUGGCUGAUGAUGGAGCCCCAUGGAGCGGGAGCAGCGUGGCGGACACCCCCAUGAGCCCCUUACUGAAAGGGAGCCUGAGCCAGGAGUUGACCAAGAGCUUCCUGACGCUGACCCGCUCUGACCGGGCCCUGGCAAGGACCAGCAGCGGCCGGGAGCUGCGCCUGGGGGCUGCUGGCAGUGGUGGCUACCAACUCCUCCACCGCCGAGGCUCAGGUGACCCCACGCCUCGCAAAGCUGGCUCCUCCGACUCCUGCUUCAGUGGUACUGACCGGGAGACGUUGAGCAGCUUCAAGAGCGAGAAGACCAAUUCCACCCACCUGGACAGUCCGCCAGGCGGGCAGGCCCCAGAGGGCAGCGACACGGACCCACCUUCCGAGGCUGAGCUGCCCGCCUCCCCCGAUGCAGGGGUCCCUUCCGAUGACACACUGCGCUCCUUUGACACGGUCAUUGGGGCUGGGACGCCACCAGGCCCUGCCGAGCCACUCCUGGUUGUGCGGCCGAAGGACCUGGCCCUGCUGAGGCCCAGCAAGCGGCGGCCACCUUUGCGGAGACACUCCCCGCCGGGCCGAGUGCCCCGGCACCCCCUGCUAGAGGCCGGCAGCUUCUUUGAGGACGAAGACACGAGCGAGGGCAGUGGGUUAAGCCCAGCCUCCAGCCUGCGCUCCCAGCGCCGUUACAGUACCGACAGCUCCUCUUCCACAUCCUGCUGCUCUCCUGAGAGUUCCCAGGGCGCAGCUGGGGCACCCCGGAAGCGGCGGGCCCCUCAUGGGGCUGAGGAGGGGACGGCGGUGCCCCCCAAGCGGCCUUAUGGGACUCAGCGGACACCCAGUACUGCCAGCGCCAAAACCCAUGCUCGCGUGCUCAGCAUGGACGGAGCUGGUGGUGACGUCCUCAAAGCACCCCUGGCCAGCUCCAAGGCAGAGCUGGAGUCCCAGGCAGGGCUGGAGCUGUCUGCCGGCGAGCCGGCUGAGCUGCCGGCCGAGGCCCGCAGGGGCCCUGCUGCCAACCAGCCCGGUUGGCGCGGGGAGCUACAAGAGGAAGGCGCCGUGGGGGGAGCUGAGGAGAGUGGCAAGCGGGGCCGCUCCAGCAGCGUGAGGCGGGCACAGGCCAUCCGACGGCGCCAUAAUGCCGGAAGCAACCCCACCCCACCAGCCUCCGUCAUGGGCUCGCCCCCCAGCAGCCUGCAGGAGGCUCCGCGGGGCCGGGCCGCCUCGCACUCGCGUGCACUGACGCUGCCCUCCGCCCUGCACUUCGCCUCCUCGCUGCUGCUCACCCGUGCUGGGGCCAGUGUGCACGAAGCCUGCACAUUCGACGACACCUCUGAGGGCGCCGUGCACUACUUCUAUGACGAGAGUGGUGUGCGGCGCUCUUACACCUUUGGCCUGGCUGGAGGCGGCUAUGAAAACCCUGUGGGGCAGCAGGCAGAGCAGGCAGCAAACGGAGCCUGGGACCGUCAGUCUCACUCCUCCAGCUUCCACUCGGCUGACGUGCCUGAGGCCACAGGUGGCCACAACCUGCUGCAGCCCCGGCCUGUGGUCUUACAGGGCAUGCAGGUGCGCCGGGUGCCCCUGGAGAUCCCGGAGUUGGACCUGCUGGACCAGGACUGCCUGCACGAAUCCCAGGAGCAGACGCUGAUGGAGGAAGCCCCGCCCCGUGCCCAGCACAGCUACAAGUACUGGCUGCUUCCGGGCCGCUGGACCUCCGUGCGCUAUGAGCGGCUCGCCCUGCUGGCCCUGCUGGACCGGACUCGGGGUGUGGUGGAGAACAUCUUUGGUGUGGGCCUGAGCAGCCUGGUCGCCUUCCUGGGCUACCUGCUGCUGCUCAAGGGCUUCUUCACUGACAUCUGGGUCUUCCAGUUCUGCCUGGUCAUCGCCUCCUGCCAGUACUCCCUGCUCAAGAGUGUCCAGCCUGAUGCUGCAUCUCCCAUGCACGGCCACAACUGGGUGAUCGCGUACAGCCGGCCCGUCUACUUCUGCAUCUGCUGCCUGCUCAUCUGGCUGCUGGACGCCCUGGGCUCUGCGCAGCCCUUCCCGCCUGUCUCUCUCUAUGGCCUCACACUCUUCUCUGCCUCCUUCUUCUUCUGUGCCCGAGACGUGGCCACCGUGUUCACUUUGUGCUUCCCGUUCGUUUUCCUGCUGGGCCUCCUGCCCCAGGUCAACACCUGCCUCAUGUACCUGCUGGAACAGAUAGAUAUGCAUGGCUUUGGGGGCACAGCUGCCACCAGCCCCCUCACGGCCGUCUUCAGCCUCGCCCGCAGCCUGCUGGUCGCUGCCCUGCUGUAUGGCUUUUGCCUUGGGGCCAUUAAGUCUCCUUGGCCCGAACAGCACGUGCCCGUUCUCUUCUCAGUCUUCUGUGGCCUCCUGGUGGCGCUGUCCUACCACCUGAGCCGGCAGAGCAGCGACCCCACCGUGCUCUGGUCUCUAAUCCGGAGCAAGAUGUUCCCGGAGCUGGAGGAGCGCAGCUUGGAGACAGCCCGGGCUGAGCCCCCAGACCCCCUGCCGGACAAGAUGCGCCAAUCAGUGCGGGAGGUCCUGCACUCCGAUCUGGUGAUGUGUGUGUUGAUUGCCGUCCUCACCUUCGCCAUCAGCGCCAGCACUGUCUUCAUCGCCCUGAAGUCGGUGCUGGCUUUCGUGCUGUAUGCGCUGGCAGGGGCCGUGGGCUUCUUCACACACUACUUGCUGCCGCAGCUCCGCAAGCAGCUGCCCUGGUUCUGCCUCUCCCAGCCAGUGCUGAAGCCUCUGGAGUACAGCCAGUACGAAGUGCGCGGUGCUGCCCAGGUGAUGUGGUUCGAGAAGCUGUACGCAGGCCUGCAGUGUGUGGAGAAGUACCUCAUCUACCCUGCGGUGGUGCUCAACGCCCUCACGGUGGACGCCCACACUGUCGUCAGCCACCCGGACAAGUUCUGCCUGGACUGCCGGGCCCUGCUGAUGACUGUGGCUGGGCUGAAGCUGCUGCGCUCAGCCUUCUGCUGCCCGCCCCAGCAGUACCUGACCUUGGCCUUCACUGUGCUGCUCUUUCACUUCGACUACCCGCGCCUCUCCCAGGGCUUUCUGCUCGACUACUUCCUCAUGUCCCUGCUCUGCAGCAAGCUGUGGGACCUACUGUACAAGCUGCGCUUCGUGCUCACCUACAUCGCGCCCUGGCAGAUCACCUGGGGCUCGGCUUUCCACGCCUUUGCCCAGCCCUUUGCCGUGCCCCACUCGGCCAUGCUCUUCGUCCAGGCCCUGCUGUCUGGACUCUUCUCCACACCGCUCAACCCCCUGCUGGGCAGCGCUGUCUUCAUCAUGUCCUAUGCCCGGCCCCUCAAGUUCUGGGAGCGUGAUUAUAACACUAAGCGUGUAGAUCAUUCCAACACCCGCCUUGUCACCCAGCUGGACCGGAACCCUGGCGCCGAUGACAACAACCUCAACUCCAUCUUCUACGAGCACUUGACGCGCUCGCUGCAGCACACACUGUGUGGUGACCUGGUGCUGGGCCGCUGGGGCAACUACGGCCCAGGCGAUUGCUUCGUGCUGGCCUCUGACUAUCUCAACGCCCUGGUGCAUCUCAUCGAGGUUGGCAAUGGCCUCAUCACCUUCCAGCUGCGUGGCCUUGAGUUCCGGGGCACCUAUUGCCAGCAGCGGGAGGUGGAGGCCAUCACCGAGGGCGUGGAGGAGGACGAGGGCUGCUGCUGCUGCGAGCCCGGCCACCUGCCACGGGUCCUGUCCUUCAACGCGGCCUUCGGGCAGCGCUGGCUGGCUUGGGAGGUGACGGCCAGCAAGUAUGUGCUGGAAGGCUACAGCAUCAGCGACAACAACGCCGCCUCCAUGCUACAGGUCUUUGACCUCCGCAAGAUCCUUAUCACCUACUAUGUCAAGAGCAUCAUCUACUACGUGAGCCGCUCCCCGAAGCUGGACUCCUGGCUGAGCCACGAGGGCAUCGCCACCGCCCUGCGGCCCGUGCGGGCCCCCGGCUACGCAGACUCGGACCCCACCUUCUCACUGAGCGUGGACGAGGACUACGACCUCCGCCUCUCGGGCCUCUCGCUGCCCUCUUUCUGCGCCGUGCACCUGGAGUGGAUCCAGUACUGUGCCUCCCGGCGUGGCCAGCCCGUGGAGCAGGACUGGCACUCUCCCCUCGUCACGCUGUGUUUCGGCCUGUGUGUGCUUGGCCGCCGCGCUCUGGGGACUGCGGCCCACAGCAUGUCUGCGAGCCUGGAGCCCUUCCUGUACGGCCUGCACGCCCUGUUCAAGGGCGACUUCCGCAUUACCUCCCCCCGAGAUGAGUGGGUCUUUGCCGACAUGGACCUGUUGCACCGUGUGGUGGCACCUGGUGUCCGCAUGGCUCUGAAGCUUCACCAGGACCAUUUCACAUCCCCGGAUGAGUAUGAAGAGCCGGCGGCCCUGUACGAUGCCAUUGCGGCCAACGAAGAGCGGCUGGUCAUCUCCCACGAGGGUGACCCCGCCUGGCGCAGUGCCAUCCUCAGUAACACUCCCUCCUUGCUGGCACUGCGCCACGUCAUGGACGACGCCUCAGACGAGUACAAGAUCAUCAUGCUCAACCGGCGCCACCUUGGCUUCCGGGUCAUCAAGGUGAACCGGGAGUGUGUGCGCGGCCUGUGGGCAGGGCAGCAGCAGGAGCUGGUGUUUCUGCGCAACCGCAAUCCCGAGCGAGGCAGCAUCCAGAAUGCCAAGCAGGCGCUGCGCAACAUGAUCAACUCCUCCUGUGACCAGCCACUCGGCUACCCCAUCUACGUCUCGCCACUCACCACCUCGCUGGCUGGCAGCCACCCGCAGCUGCGUGCGCUGUGGGGUGGGCCCAUCAGCCUGGGCGCCAUCGCGCACUGGCUGCUGCGCAGCUGGGAGAGGCUGCAUAAAGGCUGCGGUGCUGGCUGUAACAGCGGCGGGAAUGUGGACGACUCGGACUGUGGUGGGGGCGGCGGCCUGACGUCCCUCAGCAGUAACCCCCCCUUGACACAUCCCACGCCUGAAAACACAGCAGGUGGUGGUGACCAGCUCCUCCCAGCGGGCCCUGGCUGGGCGCCGCAGUCAGUCGUGAACACCCCUGGCUCUGGGGACGCACGGGCGCCCCCUCUGCUGCAGUGGCCUCCCCCUCCCCUGCCUGGCCCGCCCCCUGCCUCCCCUGCCCCCACCGAGGGCCCCCGCCCCUCGCGGCCCCCUGGCCCUGGCCCAGGCCCCGUCAGUUCUGAGGGACCCAGUGGGAAGUGGAGCCUCGGGGGCCAGAAGGGGCUGGGGGGAUCCGACGGGGAGCCAGCCUCAGGGAGCCCCAGAGGAGGCACCCCCAAAUCUCAGGCGCCUCCAGGCCUCAGCCUCAGCCAGGUCACCAGCGCCGAGGCCUCGCCACCCAGAGCAGCCCUGGGUGGGCCCUGUCCGGACAGCAGCGUCCCUGAGGGUGGCACGCCCCCGGGGGCUCCUGCCGAUUGGUCAGCCGCAGCCGAGGAACGUGAGAGUCCGGCUGCCCAGCCCUUGCUGGAGCACCAGUACUAAGUAGCUGAGUCCCUGUUGGACGCGUUCCCAGGACCCAGGGACCCGGA